AUGUCUAGUGAAUCAACUAGCAUCAAAGAAUAUAAUGCAAAUAAUUCUCUAGAGAAUAAUGGUGUUGCUGAUGAUGAUGAGCCAGUGCCAAUAUACAAGCAACCAUCAAGAAGAAGUUCAAUAGCUGAAUCAAUAUCGAAUAGUUAUUCAUUUUUUCAUUCAAAAUUAUCUACUCAUAGAAGAAAAUUAGGUCUUAAGUUCUUAUUUAAUUAUUUAGUACUUUCCAUUGGUGUUUUAGGUGUUUUUUCAAUUUAUUGGGGAUCGAUGUAUGGAAGAUUAGAUAGGAUUAAAAAUUUAAGAAUGUUGGUAGUUAUAGAUGACAUGGAUACUAUAGAUAACAUACCUCCGUUGUUUGGAGAUUAUUUAAGAGAAGUUUUGCAGACUGAUGAAGCUAAGAUAAGAGGAGAUUGGCAUAUUUAUAAUGGUACAGAAUUUUUAGAAAUGGCAAGGCAACAUAAUGGAAAUAAUAUAACUCAAGAAAUAGAAAGACAAGUUCAUCAUCAAUAUUAUUGGUCUUCAAUUUAUGUUAAGCCAAAUGCAACUUAUAAUUUUUUUCAAGCAUUACUUCAAAAUAAUGGAGAUUAUAAUGUUUCUGCAAAUUCAAUUGUGUCGAUAUAUGAAACAGGUAGAGAUUUCCUAAACAUGAAUCAAUACGUGACUCCAAGCAUACAACUAAUAGAGAAACUAUUUUUAACCUAUCAAUCAAAUAUAACUGAAAGAAUAGUGGAAGAUACUGAUAUUUCAAUUAAUUCAAGAGAGAGAAGAACACUCAUAUCCACACCUUUCAACUUCUUAUAUAUUGAUAGAAUUCCAUAUAAUGAUCCAGUCCUAGUUGCACCUUCUCAAGUUGGUUUAAUUUAUAUGGUCAUUUUAACAUUUUUCAAUUUCAAUUUCUUUAAUGAAAUACAUCAAUCAGUGGUCAAAUUAGGUGUAAAGAAACUUCACUUUUUGAUAUAUCGUUAUUUUGCGUCAGUAUUAUCUUAUUUCAUAUUAAGUUUAUUAUUUGGAUUAGUUACAUUGGCUUUUCAAGUUGAUUUUACUGUCACUUAUGGAAAAUCUGGAUUCUUAGUUUACUGGAUGAUUGCAUUCAUGACUAUGCUAGUUGUUGGUUUUGCAAAUGAAAUAAUGGCAAUGAUAUUAAUACCUACCUUCCCACCACUACUUGGAUUUUGGAUGUUGUUUUGGGUAAUUAUAAAUAUUUCACCCACAUUUACUCCGAUUGCCUUGAGUCCUGAGUUUUAUAGAUUUGGUUACGCUAUGCCUAUUCAUAAUAGUUAUGAAGCUACAAAGACGGUGUUUUUCGAUAUUUCAAAGUAUCAAUUAGGUAGAAAUUUUGGUAUAUUGGCUGCUUGGAUUGUAUUUUUAUCUUGUGUGUUCCCUUUUGUAGUUGCAUAUUUUGGUAAGACGAUGGGUAAGAAAGUUAAAGAGCAAAUGGAAAAAACAAUGAAAGAAAGAGAAGAAGUACAAAUGAAAGAGAAUGGGACAGCAUAA